AUGAAUAAUAUCGAACAAACAUUACAACAACUAAUCGAUCAGUUUCCAGAUUUAAUUCACGACGUUCAACCAUACAUAAAGAAAAAACAAUGGAUAAAAGAUGACCGUCGUCAAUUGAUAAAUACUCUCGUCCAACAGUUAUUGACAGAUGAUGAACAUUUAGAAUAUUUUUUUCGAAAUUUUUCUAUUUAUUUCAUACCAUUUAUACAUCGAUUAUGUGCUGCUGUACAAGGAACGCACAAUCAAGCAAUUCGAGAACGUUUUGUUUGUACUUUAGCAAAAAUUCUUCCAUAUUUUCCGACGUUACAAACUUUAACUGAAAAAUAUAUGCUCAAUAGCUCUUCAUUAUUUCUUCGAUUUGAUACCAAUGAGAGUCCACGAAAAAAAUUCAAACCAAAAACAUCUCCACCAUCCACAGAGCAGUUGGUUUUAUCUGCUUUACGUUUUUUAUUUUUAAAUUUUUCGCAUUAUUCAAAAUUAUGGAAUUGGAGUUCGUUAGUGAAUUUACACUCAGUUACAGACGAUGAACGAAUAAAAUGGUUAACCUACGUUUGUUUAUCUAUUGUGUUAAAUAUGUCCAGUGAACAACGAUUAAAAUUACAAUCAUUUCUUCGUUUGCAUGUUUCAAAUGAAACAAUUUUAAAAUUGCAUCAAACAAUUCAUCCGCUAUUAUCAUUUGACUCAUCAAAUAUAGUUCAAGACAAAGUGGAAUUGUUUAUAGCUGAUGACUUUAAAAAACGCACAACAUAUAUUGCUAAUGUACCGUUGGCAAAGGAUGACUAUGAAAUGACAACAAAGUUAGAUUUAAUUCAAACACCGUCAAUUGAAAAAUGUUUGAAAGAAUUAACAUUGGGAAUAUCGUUGGGAUGGUCUAUUCUGUUGUACUCACCAUUGAGUAAUGGAAAAACGAGUCUUAUCGAAUAUUUGGCUCAACAAAGUGGAAAAAGACUAGUCAAAAUACAAUGUUCAGAUCAUAUGGAUAGUAAAGUAUUAUUAGGAACAUAUCAAUGCACAGAUAAACCUGGUGAAUUCAUUUGGACACCCGGUCUAUUAGUGGAAAGCACAUCUGAAGGAAACUGGCUGUUAAUGGAAGAUAUUAAUUGUGCUAGUUCCGAUGUACUAUCUGUAAUUCAAAUGCUAAUUGAAACAAAAACUAUUUUUACUGGUGGUUCUAAUAUUAAUGUUCAGAUGUCACCUGAUUUUCGUCUGUUUCUAACUCAACGGGAUACUGGCAUACCAAACCAAUCAAAUGAACUUUUGCAUUUAUUGAAAUCUUUAUUCUGUGUUGUAUUUCCCUCAUACGCAGAUCAAGAUGUUUUACAGAUAAUGGAACAGUUAUAUCCAAAUUUAAAUGAGCUACUUCCAAAAUUGUUCGAGCUUUAUCAGUUAUUACGACAUCAAAAAUCAGUAUCACUUAGCGGAGUAAUUUCAAAUAAAACAGCAUCGAAACGAGUGGUUACAUUAAGAGAUUUAUUAAAAUGUUGUCGUCGUCUUUCAACGUCGUUAUUAAACGAAUCGUUAAAUGCCGAAUUUGCAUUUUACGAUGCAUUUGAUUGUUUUGUAUCAUUUUUAUCGAAAACGGAUCGCCAACAAAUAACUAAACAUGUUGGAACAGUAUUCAAUAUUAAUCCUCAACAAUCUAAUCAUUAUGCAUUUAAUUGUGGUUCAGACAUCUCUGAAACGGAUACUCAUUUUGUUGUUGGAAAUGUUCAAUUAGAAAUAAAAAAAGCAGCAAAUUAUUAUAGUCAACAACAACGUCAACAACAAUGUUGUUUUGCUCGUACUCGAUCGUGUACAUAUUUAAUUGAACGAAUAGCUCGUUGUGUGCAAAUGAAUGAACCUGUUUUACUUUGUGGAGAAACGGGUGUGGGAAAAACUACAUUAGUCCAAUAUUUAGCCAAUAAAACAGGAAAUCGUUUAUAUGUAAUUAAUUUAAGUCAGCAGAGUGAUGCCGUUGAUCUAUUGGGUGGCUAUAAACCGUUGGACACUCACUUAAUUGUUCGACAGACAUAUAAAACAUUUUUAAAUUUAUUUUCAACAACCUACAUGAAUCAAGAUAAAACGCAAUUCACAUGUUUAGAUCAAAUUGAAAAAUGUAUGAAUAUAAAACGUUUUAAAGAGGCAAUUGAACAUAUGUUAAAAGAAAUUGAACCUGCCAAAAGUAAAUGUUCACAAGAUGAUAAUUUCUCGGAAUUAAUUGAUGAAUGGUCUCAAAUUAAGCAACAACUAGACACAUUGUUAUUAUCGAUAAAAAAACAUCAUUCAGCACUCAUAUUUCGAUUUGUUGAGGGUGCAUUAGUACAAGCGUUACGCCGUGGUGAUUGGAUACUAUUAGACGAAAUUAAUUUAGCAACAUCGGAUACAUUACAAUUAUUAAGCGGAAUAUUAGAAAGUCAAGAAGGUACCAUAUGGUUAGCCGAAAGAGGUGAUAAACAACCGAUUCGUCGUCAUCCUGAUUUUCGACUAUUUGGUUGUAUGAAUCCAGCAUCCGAUAUUGGAAAACGUGACAUACCUAUUGGAAUAAGAAACAGAUUCACGGAAUUUUAUGUUGAUGAACCUGAUGAACAACAAGAUCUUCUGAUUAUUGUUCAAGAAUAUUUACGUAAUUCGAACGUUAACAAAGAAACAGUUGGUCGUAUUGUUGAAUUUUAUUUGACAAUUCGAAAAGAUGUGGCUAGUUAUUCUCUAACAUCUUCUGUGAAUAGUCGAAUAUCAAUAACAUACAGUUUACGUACGUUGUGUAGAGCAUUACGUUAUUCAACAUCAACUGGAUUUUCUAAAAGAACACUGUACGAAGGUUUUUGUAUGAGUUUUUUCAGUCAACUCGAUCGAUCAUUUUAUCCUGUGGUGGCCAAACGUAUUGCUCAACAGAUUUUACCUGAAACAACCAUGAAUUCCUUAUUAUCAAUGAAAAUGAAACAACCGACGGAUUCUAAAAAAUACGUGGAGAUUGAAGGUUACUGGAUAUUACAAGGUGAUAAAAAACCAAUAACAAAUGAUCGAUAUAUAUUCACAGAGACAGUGAAAGAGAAUUUAAAAAAUGUAGCGAGAAUAUUAUCAGCGAGAUUUUAUCCAAUCUUAUUGCAAGGUGAAACAUCUGUUGGUAAAACAAGUUUAAUUCGUUGGCUGGCCGAUGCAACCGGACAUCAUUGUGUUCGUAUAAAUAAUCAUGAGCAUACAGAUAUUCAAGAAUAUAUUGGCACGUACACCGCAACAGCCUCAGGAGACCUUCUAUUUCGUGAAGGAAUAUUAGUUGAAGCAAUGCGAAAAGGUUUUUGGAUUAUAUUGGAUGAGUUGAACUUGGCACCAUCCGAUGUAUUAGAAGCGCUUAAUAGAGUACUGGAUGAAAAUCGUGAAUUAUUUAUAACAGAAACGCAAGAAACUGUUCAAGCACAUGAACGUUUUCAGUUAUUUGCUACUCAAAAUCCAGCUGGUGGUCGUUAUGGUGGUCGAAAAUUGUUAUCGCGUGCAUUUCGUAAUCGUUUUAUUGAAUUAAACUUUUCCGAAUUACCUCGUCAAGAACUUGUUACGAUUAUUCAUAGAAAAUCUGAUCUACCUGAAUCGUAUAGUCAAAUUCUUGUAACAGUCAUGCAUGAUUUGCAAAAACAUCGCUCGAAACAAGGUGUAUUUGCCGGAAAACAUAGUCUUAUAACAUUAAGAGACUUAUUCAGAUGGGCAGAACGAUAUGCAAUGACAAAAGAAUGUAAUGAUUGGAAACAAUUUUUGGCCGAACACGGUUAUCUUUUGCUGGCUUGUCGUUCCCGCGACCAGGAUGAUGUGAAUACAAUUCGUUCAAUAAUUGAAAAACAUUUUUCUAAACAAAUUGAUGACGACAAAUUAUUUUCCAUAAAUGAUGACGGAAAAACAGGCGGUAGUAAAUAUUCAACAUCUGAAAUUUUAGCAAAACUGAUCAAAACAAAUAAAAUUCAGCACAUUUGUUGGACAAAAUCAUUUCGUCGCUUAGCAAUUCUAACAGCUUUAUGUCUGCAAUACGAUGAGCCAGCAUUACUCAUUGGCGAGACAGGGUACACACACAUUCAAGAAUAUAUUAACGAAUGA